CCAUAUUCCGGGACUACAGCUGAAGCGCUUGUAUAACUUUUGUCGCGAAAAAAACAUCGCGGUAGCCAAUGGCUGUCGUAUCGAGAUAGUUAUUCAAACAAUCUGCGGCAUCACUGCAAAUUUUCGGGAGUGAAAACAAGUGAAGUACAAAUUAAAUGGAAAGGGACAAGCCUUUGGCAACAGAAGCAGUGAUGUCUGUGAAAAUCUUCGCUUUCAUCGUCUUGACCCUCUAUGUUGAAGGCGCACGGUCACAAUGCCAGCCCAGGGACUAUGGCAAAGGCAGCGUGGUGUGCGUCUGCAACGCCACGUACUGCGAUUACCUCGGGGAAGUGAGCCCGGUUCCUCAGGGACAGAUCCUUGUUUUCGAGAGCAACAAGGCAGGACUCAGGUUUUCUAAGACAACCGGCAGCGUCGACGAGCAAUCAGGCGAUCCGCAGAGUCACGAUGACACCGUAACCAUAGUCGUCGACACGUCCAAAACCUACCAGAAAAUUUACGGCUUUGGCGGAGCCUUCACCGACGCCGCUGGCAUCAACAUCAAGUCCCUGCCGAAGAACAUGCAGGAAGAUAUCAUUCAAUCUUACUACACCGACAAAGGGCUGUCUUACAAUAUUGGCCGUGUGCCCAUGGCAAGCUGCGAUUUCUCCGUGCGACAGUACACGUACGCGGACACACCAGGUGAUUUUGGCCUGGCAAACUUUUCGCUUGCCACUGAAGACUACGAACUGAAGAUUCCUUUAAUCAAGCGAGCGCUAAAUGCGUCCAAGAAUGCCGUCUGGAUGUUCGCCAGCCCAUGGAGCGGACCAGCGUGGAUGAAGACCAAUGGAAAGCUUUAUCACGGCGGCUUUCUGAUCGGACAUCCCGGUGGACCAUAUUACAAGACGUGGGCAAACUACUUUGUCAG